ACGAACGAAGGAAGCCAGGUACGAGUUCGUUAAUGAACCGCCAUACCGUUGCCUUCUCGAGUGUGGAUGUGGUUUAAAACCGAGAGCCCCUCCGCCUCUCCUCUCUCCAAGCCCCAGCUGCCAUCCUGCGCCUCCAUUUGCGGUGUGACAGCUCCUGGACCGGCCCGCCGCGCGCGCGUGCCGUACGUUGCCAGGGACGACGCCGGCCGGCCGGCCGAUGGAGUUCACGUCGUCGUCCUACUUCCACGCCUCCGGCAACCCCGACUUCGCGGCGGUGUUCUCCGACGGCGGCGGCAGCGCGCAGGCCCACCGGCCACGGCGCUCCACCGACGACGGCACGAAGGCGGAGGACGGCAGGAGCCCCACCACGGCGAGGCGGCCGCCGUCCGCGUUCUGCGUCCCCGACACGGAGGCGGAGGAGCCCAACAGCUUCCUGGACGAGUGCACCCUCUGCCGCAAGGCGCUCUGCGGCGACAUCUUCAUGUACAGAGGGGACACGCCGUUCUGCAGCGACGACUGCAGGAGGGAGCAGAUCGAGAUGGACCGCAUAAGGCACCGCAGGAAGAAGCAGCACGCCCUGAUACAGCAGCAGCUGCAGCUGCAGCAGCAGCAGCAGGCGGCGGCCGCGGCGAUGGCGCAGAAGGACCAGCGUGCCCAGCGCCGGCAGCUUCAGCCACAGCACUAGACGGAGCUCACGGAAGCUUCACACACACAAACCGGUCCCAACGUACCCAAGGAUGGCGAAUGAAUUGUUGCACGUUCGUAGUAGAGACAAGGAUUCUCCUCGUAAGGAAGGACCAAGUAGCCACCACGACCCUUGUUUGCGUCUGUAUCCGACGCGAAACAACGAAGUGCGCGCGGAGGCUUUUCCGUGUCCUGCAACUAUAUUAGCAAUCCAAGACUUGCUCGGUU